AUGAUACCUCCAAAUGAUAGAGAAGAAGAUGCCACCAGCGGCACUACUCCCGGCUCUGCAGAUGUUGCUGACCCUACGCUGGUCAUUUCUGAUACGAGCAACGGUGGCGUAGAUGCAGUCCCGAAUCCGCAGUUGUUGAUAGAUGCUCAGAGGAUGCAGAAUGAAAGACCUAGGGCUCAGACGAUCGGUGAGGGAGGCAAGGAGCAUUUGGCCGUUAUCGAAAGGCUCCGUGAAAGACGAGCAAGCAUAGGCCAGAGCAUUCUGCUCCCCAGCGAGACUGAAGCAGGGAGUCUACGUGGAGAUAGACGAAGGCGGAAGAGUUGGGCAGUGCCACUUAGAACUAGCAUUCGCUUGAAUAGCGAUGGAAAGAGCGAGGACGAGAUGAUGGGUGAAGUUCUUGGUCUUGAUGGGAGCGGACAGGAAAGAGAUGACCAUUCGGGAAUAGAGGACGAGGAUUGUUGUUCAACUCAUAGCUUCACUGAAGACGAUGGCUACGAAGAAGAGGAGGAGGAAGCUCCUCUACCAGCUGGUCAGCGGCGUGUUAGUGCAGCGUCUUUGGACUCUGACGAAAUAGCGGUAACAUCUCAUCAGGAUGGCAGAGGUGCUCGACGGGUUCAACUGGUAGAUCUACGGAAGAGCAUACGAGCCCUCGGGAACUACGCACAGGCUACCCGCUUCCUUGCAUCCAAGACUAGAUUCAGACUAUCUGAGCUUCCCGAAUCUUAUAAAUUAGCCGAGAAAAUAGACAGGGUUCUGAGGAUAAAGACAUCAAUACUAUCUGCAGCAUGGCAUGUGAUCAUAUGCAACCAUGUCUUUGCAUAACUCCUAUCUCAGUAUUGGAUCCGUAUCUCGAGGUCACCUUGGGGUAUAUUCAUGUUAUAUAGAGUCCCUCUUCUCCUACAGAUCCCAAUUGACAUCCUUUUCAUCUACUGCCCGGUACAAGUAAG